CAGAAACUACAUCUUUACCAGGGCACAGCUCCACACUCUGGGAAAACACUGAAACAGCCUUAAAAAAAAAGAGGCACAAUGGCAGAUUCAAGCUUUAAGAAGGAGUUCCUUGACACCCACAAUACCCACAGGGCAAAUCACAAGGCACCUGCACUGACCUUCAGCAGUGACCUGAAUGCUUCAGCCCAGAAAUGGGCUGAUCACCUGCUGUCAAUCAAUAAGCUGGAGCACAGUAGCACCAAAGAUGGAGAAAAUGUCUUCUAUGCAUCAGGCUCUGGACCCAUGAAACUGACAGGGAAGGAGGCUGUGGACAGCUGGUACGGUGAGAUCAAGGAUUACGACUGGGACACUCCUGGAUUCGGCUACAAAACUGGCCAUUUCACUCAGGUGGUGUGGAAAGAGAGCAAAGAGGUGGGCGUGGGCUUGGCAACCGACGGCAACACCGUCUAUGUGGUUGCUCAGUACCGGCCUGCUGGCAACAUGAAUAUGGCGGGAUACUUUGAGAAGAACGUUCUUCCUAGCGAUGAGGAGGGAGAGUUCCUGCUCAUAUCUAUAUAUACUGACUCCAGGCGACAGAAACUACAUCUUUACCAGGGCAUAGCUCCACACUCUGGGAAAACACUGAAACAGCCUUCCAAAAAAAGAGGCACAAUGGCAGAUUCAGGCUUUAAGCGAGAGUUCCUUGAUACCCACAAUGCCUACAGGAGAGAUCACCAGGCACCACCACUGACCUUCAACAGUGACCUGAAUGCUUCAGCCCAGAAAUGGGCUGAUCACCUGCUGUCAACCCGUAAACUGGAGCACAGUCGCGCCAAAGAUGGAGAAAAUAUCUUCUACGCAUCAAGCUCUGGACCCAUAAAAAUGACAGGGAAGGAGGCUGUGGACAGCUGGUACAGUGAGGUCAAGGAUUACGACUGGGACAGUCCUGGUUAUAGCCACAAAACUGGCCAUUUCACUCAGGUGGUGUGGAAAGAGACCAAAGAGUUGGGCGUGGGCUUGGCAACCGACGGCAACACCGUCUAUGUGGUUGCUCAGUACCGGCCUCGUGGCAACGAUCGUGACCAUAACGCCCACAAGAGGAACGUUCUUCACACAUACUGGACACAUUCUGUCCAGAAUGUUCCCUAA